GGUCCUGGCGCGGGCGUGGGGACUCUCCCUGCCUGCCUGGGGUCCGGGGUCCGGGGUCCGGGGUCCGGGAGAGGGAGUGGGGUCGCUCGGGGUCCGCUGGGCUCCGGCCCUGCCAGGUUGUGGGACCCGGGUUGGGAGGCUGCCUCCGCCUCUCCCUGCGCCCUGCAUUUCGGGGUUUGCUGGAAACGGGAUCGUUCCUUCCUGGACGCGUCCACGAUGAGCUCAUUCGGGCCGUCCCGGGAGCUGGGAGCUUCGGGCACCUGAGCGUUUCGUUGGGAUCGGGGUUGGCAUUGGCCGCAGAUCCUCGGCCACCUCCUUGUACUUACUGGUCUGUGUUUUAGUGUCGGGGAGACGUGGCGUUGGCUGGGGAAAGUUUCCUUUUGGAAAUAGUUGCUUUGUUUCCCAAGAGCACGGGAGGAAAUAACUGCGCGUGAACAGCAUUCACCCAGAAUGCCGAUUUCAUCUGGAAAUACAGGAGGAAGAAACAAGAUGUGCAGAGCUUCUGAGGUCUCAAACAGAAAAACCCAAAGAAACCCACUGAAUCUGGAAGCACUGCAAAGGAAGAGGUGGAAUCAGGAGGCAAGGGAGGUGGGAUGCUGAGCACACUGUUCUCCAGCCUUGGUCUUGCUGCAUUGGGCCCGUGUUUUAAGCUCGUUCCCUGAGAUGGACUGGGCCGACUGCUUUCACCUGCAGCUCCUUGAGACACAGAAAAUGGUAUCCAGCAGCGCACUCCAUCACACCAGUCAAUCAGAACACCUCCUGAGGGCCUUUUCCUCAUGGCGGCCUCCAGAAAGAAUCCCGGAUGUUACCGGGAUUUGGAGCAGAAGAGGUGAGGAUUGCAGAGAACUCAGACACUCAGACACGUGGCUGGUAUUAAACACCCACCUUUGGAAAGAGUGAUCACAAGGACUUCAGCAGCGCCCCUUGCCGGAAAAGAGAGGCUCAUCCCUCAGCCCCUGCUAUUUGCCAUGAAAGGAGUGUUCAAUGACUGUGAUGGCCCCGAACCCUCUGAGCUCCCUGUGAGAACCAGCUAGGCUUCCUGCUCUGCCCAGACUCUGGGUGAAGUUUUGUGGCUGUCACCUGAGACAUAAAUCAAGCUUUCUUGAAUGGAGGAUGUGAUUGGAAAUAUUCGCUCCUAAAUGUAUUGGAGGCAAGCUGUGCUCUAAGCCAACGGCCCAUCUCGGGAGGCUUCGCUUCUCAGCUUUCCUUUCCCCACUUGCUGGUUCCUCGAGCUGCUCCCCAGCCCUAUUGGGAUGAAGCAGCUUCAGCCCUCAUGCCCCUUCUCUUGGUCCUGCUGACACUUGGUGGUCACUGAUGACAGCAGCAGGAUGGCCUCCCAUGAGCCAGGCCUCCCAGGCCACCCACCCUCAGCUGCCGCUCUCUGUGGAGUUGCAGCCUGCAGUGGCGUCUGGGACAACAUCACAUGCUGGCGGCCUGCCAAUGUGGGAGAGACAGUCACGGUGCCCUGCCCAAAAGUCUUCAGCAAUUUUUACAGCAAAGCAGGAAACAUAAGCAAAAACUGUACGAGUGAUGGGUGGUCGGAGACUUUCCCAGAUUUCAUAGAUGCCUGUGGCUACAGCGACCCGGAGGAUGAGAGCAAGAUCACGUUUUAUAUUCUGGUGAAGGCCAUUUACACCCUGGGCUACAGUGUCUCUCUGAUGUCCCUUGCAACAGGAAGCAUAAUUCUGUGCCUCUUCAGGAAGCUGCACUGCACCAGGAACUACAUCCACCUGAACCUGUUCCUGUCCUUCAUCCUGAGAGCCAUCUCAGUGCUGGUCAAGGACGACGUUCUCUACUCCAGCUCGGGCACAUUGCACUGCCCCGACCAGCCAUCCUCCUGGAUACCAAGCGCCCUGUAUCCUGGAGCAGCCUGCUGUGAACUGUUGUCGCCUAAUUGGGUCCUGCUCUCCUCUGUUUGCGGUUUCCAGGUGGGCUGCAAGCUGAGCCUGGUCUUCCUGCAAUACUGCAUCAUGGCCAACUUCUUCUGGCUGCUGGUGGAGGGGCUCUACCUCCAUACCCUCCUGGUGGCCAUGCUCCCCCCAGGAAGGUGCUUCCUGGCCUACCUCCUGAUUGGAUGGGGCCUCCCCACCAUCUGCAUCGGGGCAUGGACUGUGGCCAGGCUCUACUUAGAAGACACGGGUUGCUGGGAUACAAACGACCACAGUGUGCCCUGGUGGGUCAUACGAAUACCGAUUUUAAUCUCCAUCAUUGUCAAUUUUGUCCUUUUCAUCAGUAUCAUAAGAAUUUUGCUGCAGAAGUUAACGUCACCAGAUGUCAGCGGCAAUGACCAGUCACAGUACAAGAGGCUGGCCAAGUCCACGCUCUUGCUCAUCCCGCUGUUUGGCGUCCACUACAUGGUGUUUGCCGUGUUUCCCAUCAGCAUCUCCUCCAAAUACCAGAUUCUGUUUGAACUGUGCCUUGGGUCAUUCCAGGGCCUGGUGGUGGCCGUCCUCUACUGUUUCCUGAACAGUGAGGUGCAGUGCGAGCUGAAGCGAAAAUGGCGAAGCCAGUGCCCGACUCCAUCCUCCAGCCGGGAUUACAGGGUCUGUGGCUCCUCCAUCUCCCGCCACGGCUCGGAGGGCGCCCUGCAGUUCCACCGUGGCUCCCGUGCUCAGUCCUUCCUGCAGACGGAGACCUCUGUCAUCUAGCACGACCCCCGCCUGUUGGAAGCAGCGGGAGCCCAUGGUACUGGAGCUGAUGCAAGGCUGAUGCGGGCUGACGCUGGCUUCCUCCUUCCAGAAGCCCAGGCACCUUGUCGGGCAGGUCAGCACAGUCCUCAUGCAGUCAAGUUGGUUGUCCACCAAACCCCACACGUGGAAAUGGAGUCCUGUUGUCAUUGACUCGAUCUAAACUCCAGCAUUUAGAUAAUGUUGUUCAGCGUGUGUUUCAGCCAUAUCAUUGGAUCCAUUUUCGAAGAGAAUAGAGAAGCCAAGGAGGAAAUGUGGAAAUGCAGUUGCAUGGCCCAGCACGGGCCUGGGCGACCACAGGUGAUGUCCAUGCCAUUUCAGGGUGGCCUCCCAGGUCCCACAGGGCAGCCCCCUCGCCUGCAGGACAGAGGCAAGCCGGUCAGGGCCCCCUGACAUUAGGACCAGGAUAAAUCAAUGUGAGGGCAACCCAUCCUCCCUCCUGGGGUUCCCACCUGGCCUGCCCGAACCCUUCCCUACCCAACUCUUCCCACAGGGCCCGGCACAGCCGCCCCCACAGGGCUGUUAUGCCUCCCUAUGGAAAGUGGGCUGAGGAGACCACCAGAUCAAGAAGCAGGUCAUGAAGGAGGGGCGCCCUCCACAUAGGUGUUGGGAGGCCCCUCAGCAGCCCUGGCUCUGCCUUGGGAGGUCACCUACCACCCUGUGGUGGCCACAGAGCCCAACACUUAGUCUCAGACCAGCUACAGCCAGGCCUGCAGCCCCUGGUGAUGGGGUCAGGUGGGGCAUGAGAUAUAGCUGAGUGGGAACCAGAAACCUAUUAUCUUUUUAACAAAAAUAAUCUUAGAAUCAUUUCUGUCCAAAUGGAGAAUUAUUUUAACAACAUAGGCAACUGUUUCAAGCCCUCCUCCCCAGAGCUGGCGCUCAGCAGCCCUAGUGGCUGUUCCUCCAGGCGAAGAGUGACCUGCAGACUUGGAGAGGGUGUCUGGGGACGUUGCUGAGCUGGCUGCAGAAGGGUAGGGACAUCUGGGUGCAGUCUCCAUGCCUGUGACAUGCCCUGGUCCCUGCAGCACCUGGCAGACCUCAGCAGGCCACCCACUCCUAGCCCAGGUGCCUCGACAGCGGGGCUGGGUUGUUCUGAGUGCAUCUGACUUUUCCCCUUAAAAAUGAACAUCUUUUUCCCAUGCCUUGGUGCCAUCACAGACCCCAGCUGGAGCGAGGUGCCAAAGGUCAAGACAGCUGUGCUGGGAGACGGCCACAGGGAAGUGCACACAUCCUGACAGCAUCACCUUGGUUUGGAAAACCCAUGUCCCCAGUAAAAUGAGGCCAGAGAGAGGGGCUGUUAGGAUGGCAAACCAGCAGUGUCCAGAGACCCCUCAAUCCUCGAUGGUCAGUGCUCCAUCUUGCAUACCCUGGGCCUCAGCAACCACGCCCCAUCCUAUAUGCCUUGGGCCACACCAGCCAGGCCCCAUCCUGCAUACCCCAUGCUGGCCAUACCACUCUAUUGCAAUGGACUCAUCCCUGGACUUCUGGGGAGAAUGAGCCCAAGGUUAGUUUGGAGAUGCAGGUAAGGCGGUCAGAAAAUCUAGAGAACAACUAACCCACCAAUUCUGGGGGCUGCAGAGGCUCCAUCAGGGACUAAUGUUGGGGAGCAAAUGACCCAGGGCAGGUGGCCGGGAAAGGAUGGUGGAGUGUGUGGAGUGCAGUGAGAGGGAGGCAGGUGGAUGCUGCAGACCCCAAGUUCAGUCCCACCCAUCGGCUCCACCCCGCCCCUCUGCUGCUCCUCCCUGUAGGGUUUGGGAGACCCAUCCCUAGCCUUUCGUGGCUUUAAAAGGACAAAGAGGGCAUCCCCCACCAACUCAGGCUUUUGAGGAAACAAAGAUUUGUGGUAACUGAAGGUGUUAGGUCAGUAACCAGGUGUGGACACUGAGCUGUGACCCAGAGGGGACACGGAGGAAGUGGGCAUGACGAUCGUGGUCAGGUGGUUACCGGGCCCUGGUUGUGUGGCUGACCAUCAGGUGGUUGGGUGUGGGUGGUCAUCAGCCUUCAGGUAUGUGCAGGGGACAGUGUUCAGCAGAGCUGAGGACUGGUUCCUCCUGCCUGGUAGAGGGGCAGGCUGCCCGCUGUUCCUGGCAGAUACCUGGUGAGCAGGGGAUGCAGGACCUAGCAGUCAGCAGAUGUCUUUAACUGUAAUCAUCUGUAGAAUGUCUCAGACUCCUCCACGUGGCAGGAAUGAGCUGUGUAAAUACUUCAAUAAAAUGUGACUUCACAUCUGCA